CUGCAGCAUUGGGGGAACAGCUAGCAGGACAGGGUGCUGGGGGUAGAGGGCUGGAGUUGAGACAAGCCCAGACCUAGGAGGCCCAUCAAGGAGGGAGAAGGGUACAGGCGGCUUCAAAGCCAGGGUGACCCCUUAGGCUUCUCUGCUGCUCCCAAGUUUCAGGUUCCCUGGUGACCCUAAGCAAGGAGGGACCAAGUGUGGGGGACUCAUGCUCGUGUCCUCCUUCAGAGCUAAGCUGGGGUCCAGGGUGAGACCCAGAACAUGAGUUUGGUUUUCCAUUUUUCUGGAACGAGUCCAGGCUCAGCCUUCUGGGCUCCAACAGGUCCUUCAAGGUAGAAGCCCCCACAGGCCAUACAAUACUCUUUGCAGCUCAGAAUGUACCCAUACCCCAGCCCCUGCCUUCUGGAUAGUGCUGGUUGGACAGCGACCCCACAGAGCACAUCCGGUCUGGCCCCCCGUGCACAGCAUGUGCAACCCACCAAGCCUAGUCUCGCACCUGCCAGCAGGAGAGCAGGAGUGGAGGGUGUGGUGCAUCUGGGGACCAUGCUGGGCACAGGCUUCGGGAUACCAGCCUGGAGCCACCUGCCCUAGUCCCAGUUCCUUGGUGCCCUUCAUCCCCGGAAGCCUGCCAUCUCCCUAACCUCAGGCCAGUGACAGUGACCCUAAAGUACUGUUUUGCAGGACUUCUGUCUGUGCCCUCACCAGUGCUGUCCAGCCAUAGCCCAAGCCACUUUCUCACUAGGUAAGAGGAGAGGGCAGGUCCAGCAGCCCAGGCCAAACCCAGGCUCCAGGAGGGCCUGCUCCCUGCAGGCCAUGGUCCUCGCGUCCUGCCCUGGCUAGUGGGCAGGAGGGUUAAGCCACUGUCUUGUAAACCCCGGCCUAGCUCUCCUGCUAACAGGCCCUGGUACUCACUGGCCAAGGCUCUGUCUGAACUCCUGUGCACUGGCUGGACUUCUGUCCAUCCUUCUCCCUCCCAUCCUGAGUUGGGCCUCCCAAGGCAGUGAAGGCAAGAAGGAGGAAAGAUGGUCAAGAGCCAAACUUAGCCAGCUUGGCUACAGCAGGGUGAGCAAGGGGGCCCUUGGGGAGGGGGGGGGGGGGGCGGUGCCUGGCACAGCCUGGAGGUGUGGGACAGCUUCCAGGCAAAGCCCAGGUCAAGAUCAAGCAAGAUCAAAGAGCAGGUGCCUGGCAGGUCCAGGUGGGAGAGCCACGCCCAGGAGGCCCUCCCAAUGGGGGAGAUGCAUGUAGAGUAUGUCUUGAGUGCAAUUAAGAAAGACAGGUCAAAAGUGGGGGGGGGGGGGUGCCUGGGUGGCUCAGUCGGUUGAGUGUCUGACUAUUGGUUUCAGCUCAAGUCAAGAUUUCACAACUUGUGGGAUCGAGCCCCCCAUCAGGCUCUUCACUGACAGCAUGGAGCCUGCUUGGGAUUCUCUCUCUCCCUCUCUCUCUGCCCCUGCCCUGCUCUCUCUCUCUCAAAAUAAAUAACCUUUAAAAAAGAAAACGAAAAGAAAGGUCAAAGGUAGCUUCCCCCCCCCCUCCCCAAACAAGACAGACCACCCUGCAUCUUGCUGUACCGACCUCCUCCCUUAGCGUGACCACCGGUGGUGGAGCAGAGGGGAGAGGAAACCGACGAGCGCACUCAGCCUGGUGAGAAGAGCGGGGAGGUGCCAGAAAUGGCCCCCAGUCUUUCCUAGAAGAAUGGACAGCGGGCAUUGUCACGGCCAGGCCCAGACACCACAGAGGCCACAUUCCCUGGGUUGAGCAUGGCUUUCAAGGCGAAGUGCGCCUGAAACGUGGUUUGCUUCCAGGGUACCGCAACGUCCGGGAGCCAGGGUUGGAAUCCGGGUGGGCUUGGCCCGGGCAGCCCCAGGCAGUGAGCGCCCGCAGCGCGCCACCAAAAUAAAUACCGUUGAACAACACGCUUAGAACCCCCCAGAGUCUUGACUGUUGAAACCCUUCACCUUGAGCGCCGCGGUGUGUGAGUUGGCCCACAUGUGUCCUGGCCGCCACCCUCCGAGGCCACACACCCUGUGCGGCCCUGGCCACAACAGGGCUGGCCCGGUCCGCACCGAGCCUGACUGCAGGACAGGCCUGGCCCGGCCGGGAUGGGGGCUCUGCACCGCGCGGAGAGUGAGAACCUCCCCCACCCCGCGACCCGAGGCUCUGAGACGCGGAGGACACUACCCGGCGGUCGCGGCCCUGCGGCGGGACCCAUGUUGGGCGCGGCUUCAAGGGGCGGUGCCUCUAGUGGGCGGGGCUCUAGGUCAGGGGCUCCGGGGUGUGGCCACGGGGCCGGGCCUCCGAUGGGCGGAGCCUUCAGGGGCGGGGCCUCGUGAAGCGGCUCGGCCGUCGUGGGGCGGGGUCUGCGCGGGGCGGAGCCUCCAUAAAGGGGCGCGGCGGGCGGGCUCAGGCUCCCUGUCCGUGCCGAGCAUGGUAGUGGGGGUGCCGGCCGCCCGUGGGCUCCUGCUGCUGCCGCAGCUCCUGCAGCUGCCGCAGGUGGCGCUGGGCUUCGGAGACGGCAGCUGCGACCCCUCGGACCUGUGCCGCCGUCCCCGCAGGUGCCCGCCCCAGGCCCGCUGGAGCAGCCUGUGGCACGUGGGGAGGCCCCCUUGAGCGCGGUCAUCGGUCUGGGCACAGGAUUGUGCAGAUGGCCUGGGACAGUGUGUCCUGGGAGUGAGCCCAAGGCACUUGUGGCCAGCCCUGGAGACAGCCAGGACAGGCCCAGCAGCAAGAGGCCAGGAGGGGCCAGCUCCUCAGGCCCAGCUCUGGCCUGGUGAAAGGUCUCUGGCCUGGAGAGACACUCAUUCUCUGGUUUUCUUUUAUCCUGCCCGUUGUCCUGUCUUGGGCAGUCGGGCCCUGACUGCCCCUGGGGAGCAGGCUCCUGGUGGCCAGGGGUCAGUCCAGUGGUAGGCUCCCGCUCCUCCCU